AUGCAGGCUUACUAUGAGCUUCAGAGAAAUGGGAAGAUCUUUACCCCGUGGGCCCGGCUGCGCUUCAACUCGCGCUGCUGCCGCCCCGCCUCGCUGAGCCAUAACAUCCGCGCGCCCUUCGCUGCCGCCGCCUCGCAGCGGUAUCUCCUCGUUCGGCUCCGCCCUCUGGCAGCGUUUGCGGUGGGCCCAUCCAACUUCAGCAGCAGUGACUUUCAGGAUGAAGAAGGAAGGCGGGGAUUUAAUUUGCAUUAUGACUUUCCUUGGGGGAAGGAAACAAUAGAAACAUUGAAAAACCUUGGUGACACUGAACUGCUACAGAUGUAUCCAGGGGAUGGAUCGAAAUUGCUGGGCCGGGAUGGAAGGAAGAAUGUUCUUCCUCAUGUUCUGUCUGUGAGUGGAAAUCUGGACCAAGGAGCAUUAGCUUAUCUCUUUGAUUCUCUCCAGCUGGCUGAGAAUCCUCUGACAACAAAGAAAAAUUCACAGAGAAAGGUACUUAAACUUCAUCCUUGUUUAACACCUAUCAAAGUGGCUUUGGAUGUAGGGAAGGGCCCAACAACAGAGCUGCGGCAGGUUUGUCAAGGAUUGUUCAAUGAACUAUCAGAAAAUAGAAUUGCUGUAUGGCCAGGUUAUCUUGAAACCACACAGGUAUCUCUGGAGCAGCUUUACACAAAGUAAGGAGAAACAUCUUUUAGUAUGAUGAGAUGAGUGUUCUCUUCAUGGUUUUGAUAAGUGAUUCUACUCUGGAGAAUGGAGUGGUC